AUGCCGGAGGCAAAUGCGGGUGCCCGCGGCGGCGGCGAGCAGCGCAGCAAGGUUCAGAGUUCAGACGUGAUGAGUUUCUUCAGUGAAUAUGGAGAUGCCAGCAGAUACAAGAUCGAGGAAAUCAUCGGCAAAGGGAGUUAUGGAGUUGUGUGUUCAGCCAUCGACCGGCAGACCGGCGACAAGGUUGCCAUAAAGAAGGUGUCCAACAUCUUCGAGCAUAUAACCGAUGCCGCCCGGAUCCUCCGCGAGAUCAAGCUUCUCCGGCUUCUCAGGCACCCCGACAUCGUCCAGAUCAAGCACAUAAUGCUGCCUCCCUCCAGGAGGGACUACAAGGACAUAUUUGUUGUCUUUGAGCUCAUGGACACAGACCUCCACCAGGUUAUCAAGGCCAAUGAUGACUUGACAAAGGAGCACUACCAGUUCUUUCUCUAUCAGAUGCUCCGUGCGCUCAAAUAUAUCCAUACUGCUAAUGUCUAUCAUCGUGAUUUGAAGCCAAAAAACAUAUUGGCAAAUGCAAACUGCAAGCUCAAGAUAUGUGAUUUUGGACUAGCAAGAGUUGCAUUCAAUGACACCCCUACAACUGUUUUCUGGACGGACUAUGUUGCCACUAGGUGGUACAGAGCUCCGGAGCUCUGUGGUUCUUUCUUUACCAAGUAUUCACCGGCUAUUGAUACAUGGAGCAUUGGUUGCAUUUUUGCGGAGAUCUUGACAGGAAAGCCUUUGUUCCCUGGUAAAAAUGUGGUUCAGCAGUUGGAUAUGAUGACUGAUUUCUUAGGCUCACCGUCGCCUGAGAUUAUUUCUCGGAUUCGAAAUGAGAAGGCAAGGAGGUAUCUUAGCAGCAUGAGGAAGAAACUGCCAGUACCUUUUUCAGAGAAGUUCCCCAAAGCAGAUCCUGCAGCAGUCAAGCUCUUGCAAAAGCUUCUAGCAUUUGACCCAAAGGACCGACCCACUGCUGAAGAGGCGUUGGCUGAUCCCUAUUUCAAUGGCCUCGCGAAAGUGGAGAGAGAACCAUCAUGCCAACCGAUUUCGAAAAUGGAGUUUGAGUUUGAACGGAGAAAGUUUACCAGAGAGGACGUCAAGGAACUUAUAUUCAGGGAGAUAUUGGAGUACCACCCUCAGCUUCUCAAGGAUUACAGCAACGGCUCAGAGAAAACGAACUUUCUAUAUCCUAGUGCUGUCGACAACUUCCGGAGGCAAUUUGCUAACUUAGAGGAAGAUGGAGGAAAGGGCGGGGCAGCCGAGAGGAAGCAUGUUUCUCUCCCGAGGACUACAACAGUUCACUCUACCCCAGUUCCUACAACAAAUUGUCCGGCCUCCCAAGCUCCUCAAAGGAUUCCAGCAGCCCGACCGGGCAGAGUGAUUGCCUCAGCGACACCAACCGAGAACGCGGCCUUCACCGAUCGACAAAUGGGUCGAAGAAUGGCGAGGGACCCCGCGGGGGCUCCAGCAGCGGCUGCCGGUCACCACCUGAGGCCGGACUGCUCCGACAGGCAACAUGAGGUGGAGAAGGACCGCGCGCACUACAGGCCGUCGCACCAUUUCAGGGACGCCAGGGUGGCGCCCGAGGCCGAGGCGCGGCCCUCGGC